AUGAUCCUUUUCCAGAUGACUGCUCCAGUCUCAGCUGUGUUCUCUGUGAAUGACUGGCUCUCACAGGUUACUCGCUACAUGUUCCUGGUCUGGCCUGUUCCUCGGCACACCGCCUCAGUCUCCGGGAGGAGCAGAGCCCUCCUGCUGCUCCUCUCCCUCUCGCUGGAGUUGAUAUUUGCGUCACUGCACCAUAGACAAGGGCUGAAGAUGAAAAGCAGAGGACUGGGUUUCACUCUUCCCUUUGCUAUGGCAGAAGAGCUGAAUCUCUCAUGGGUUGUUUGUGAAUUCAGACCUACCUUUCUUGCAGAGAAACAAGGCAAGUGCCCCAGAGAGAGACUCAACUGUACCACUGAACCUCGAAACGUGUGUGAAGGGGAUUAUGGCUGUGAACAACACUUUAAGUGCUGCCAAUUUGCCUGUGAGAAGAGGUGCAUGGAUCCAUACGAAGAACCCUGCAUGCUAUCAUUAGAUUCAGGAAACUGUAAGAAUUUCAAUAAGCGCUGGUAUUAUGAUAUUAAACAUUAUGUCUGCAAACCUUUUAAGUAUGGAGGCUGUGAUGGGAAUAGCAACAACUUCCUCAGCAAAAAAGACUGCAUGAAGGCUUGCUCAUUAACUGUCAAGACAGGACAGUGCCCACUCUUUCCUUCCAAGGACCGUAUGCAAUGCUCAGCUUCGUGUAACAGUGACCAUGAUUGCUCUGAAAAUGAAAAAUGUUGUGAAUCCAUGUGUGGCUUUGUUUGUUCCGUCGCCUGGAUAGUCAAAACAGGCUUCUGCCCACAAAAACCCACAUGUUUGAGGAUUGAUAAACCCCAGUGCCAGAAAGAUGAGGAUUGCCAGUUAGGAGAGAAGUGCUGCUCACGUUGUGGACUGAAGUGCCUGGAACCUUUCGUCUAG